UCGGUUGUCGCCGUGCGCGUUUGUGUCUAGAAUGAACGAUCGCUGAUCGUUCAGUGCAGCAUUUUCCUAACGUUAAAAGUGCACUGAUUGCAUUUGUUUACACGCCGGGUACCGGGACAAACCGGGUUCUUCGUGGCAUCAAAACAGAGCACAGCAUAAAAAUAUUACAGACCAAGGUGCACCGUGUGAAUUAAUCGUGUGUUUUUUCCGGUGUUCAUCACGUUGCUCUUGUCGUCAACAUCAUUGGUUUCAAAUCAAUGCGUUGUCCAAAUGCAAACUAAUUUUAAAAUUAAAAAAAUCGGAACGACGACUGGUAGGUACUAUCAGCAGGAGAUCUUUGUCUGAUACGCAGUGCGGCUAAAGGUGAAAUCCGAGAAAAAAAGACAAAGAUGCAAAGUAAUUGAAAUCACGUGCAGUCGCGCAAUACUAUACGGUAUGUUGACAGCAAGUUGAUUGAUUAAUGAAAAAUUUGAUAAUAAAAAACGUUGGUGAUAAUGAUGCAGUGAUAAGCGAAAACGCGGCAAUUUUUUUUACUGAAACAAACCAAACCCCGUAGGGCUAAAAGGGCAAUAUUUAUCGCCGAUUUAAAUAAAAGCCAAGUGAAAAGUGUUUAGUUUCAAUGUUUACAUAAAAAUCGUUCCGUGGUGAAUUGGCAUGUGAUUGGAAAGGAUUGAAAGCGACCCGGCCAAGUGUGUUUCGAUAACCCAAACAAUCUUCCGCAGUCGUUGUCGUUUCUUGUUGUUGUCGAUCGUGCAUCGUUUGGCGAGUCGAGGAUACCAGUUAAGCCAAAGCCAACAACAACAAUGGAACGCGCAUAAAAUAUUAAAAAGCAAAUCGUAAAGGCAGCCUCCAUUGUACUAAUGUUAUCUGAAAAGUGUUGGUCCGAGUCAGGAGAAGUGGAAUGAAGAAAAAUACGGCCGGCAGAAAAAGGCAAAUACACGGCGCAGCGAGGAUUCCGUGAGGCGGGUCGAUUUAUAUGCAAAAAUACAGCAUAUCGAAUGUGAUAUAGUGUCGAAAUAGCGGCUGGAGCAAAAUUUUCGGAAAGCGAAAUUCAAAAACUGCGCAUAUGUGAGUGAGUGGGAGUAUGUGUGCACGUCUGGAUUUUUUGUUAUUUACAGAGAAUGUUUUCAAUGCGAAAUGAAGAAUAAGUUCGUCUUGUGAGAUUGAAAUCCAGACCAAUACUGAGCGGUGCAGGACGUGACCAAACUUUAAACAAACUGCGAUGUGUUUUCAGUUUGUUUUGCUUUUCGUUAAGCAAACUAAGCGUAAAGACCAGAAAGUUGUUGUUAAACAAUCGUAUGUUUAAAUACAAACUACAACGGUAAAAACGUUUCCACGAGUGCACUAUUUCCAAUCCAUCGAAGCUCGAUCCGUCGUCCAUCGAACCGACAAUCAGCUGGUAGUGACAGCUCUGCUCACAUUACCACAUUACCACCCCGCCGCGUCACCGCCUCCAUCACCAUCACCACCAUAAGCACCUUCCAGACGGGUUUGGUUUUGCAGUGCCAGUACCGGACGGACUUAUGUAAAGUGGAGCCCAUAAAAUAAUUAUUAAAUCAUCGAAUCCGGCGAUUGACCGCGCCGCAACAGUUUCAAGGCAAGUUUCGAUGCGCCGGACGGGCGAAUGUGCGGUUGUGUGAAACAUCUACGGAGCUACGUUAAAGCAGAGCGAUUUGCAACGACGAAAUUUUAGUUUCAGGAAGAAAUAUAGGCAUAAUAAACAAGUCCCUAGUUGGGGUCCAAGCUUUGUUCGGGAAUCGGGCGUGCUUCUACGGAAAGAAAUCUGCGGCGAAUCGAAUUAGCCGUGUGAGUUAUGGUCGCUAAUAGGAUUAAUCGUAAAACAAGUGAGGUGUGAGUGCUGUAAUGCAUGUGAUGAAGUUGUAGGUUAGAUCGCGGUUAUUGCCGGAGGGAUUAGGAAUUGUGCGCUUGCACGAAGAAACGACGACGUAUUUGCUGUUCGUUAGUAGUGGAAAGUGUACAGUUUAACAACGUGCAUGAAAUUGACCUGAUGGCCCAGGAUUAGGGGUCAAAGCUGUAAACAGAACAGUUCGUGUCAGCUUCAACGACGCAAAUAUUCUAAGAAAGGAUGUCUCCGAGGCAUCGAUCUACAUACGUUGAUUAUAUUCGGCCCAUGGUCCGAAUACUGAUCAUCGUCGCAAUAAAAGUUAUGCCUGGAUUUUCCGAAAACGAUUUUCGGUAUAUCUCCUAUCAAGACCUGCUGCCGACGUCGGAUCGCUUCACGGAUGCUAACGUUACGUCAUUCUCCCGGCUGCUGUUCGAUGUGGCGCGUGAUCAAGUAAUCGUCGGUGCAAGGGACAACCUGUACCGGCUCUCGUUGCAUCUGGACGUGCGGGAGCGGAUGCCAUGGGAGGUGACCCCGGUGAUGCGCAAUACCUGUCUGGACAAGGGACAAAGCGAGGAUGCCUGUCGCAAUUACAUCAUGGUGCUGGAGAACUUCGGCAACCGGGUGUAUGCCUGUGGAACCUAUGCCUUUAGUCCAUCCUGUUCGUGGCGGCAAAUGGAAAACUUGACUGCAACUCGAAUUGACAGAGGUGUUGCCAAGUGUCCCUUUAGCCCGCACGCAAACAAUACGGCACACAUGGCCGACAACGGGAAGCUGUUCGUCGGUACUACAACCGACUUCUCCGGUUCGGAUCCGGCAAUCAUACGAGCUGAUGUAACACAAGAAAGCAGCCGAAUGCUGCGAACUAAUCAGUACAACUCCAAGUGGCUGAAUGAUCCGCAGUUUGUCGGCAGCUUUGAAAAGGGGGAGUUUGUGUACUUCGUUUUCCGUGAAGCAGCCGUCGAAUACAUAAACUGUGGGAAGAUCAUAUACUCAAGAAUUGCUAGGAUCUGUAAGAACGAUCCAGGAGGUACACAGAUUUUGAAAGAAAACUGGACUUCGUUCGUGAAGGCAAGGUUGAAUUGUUCAAUUCCAGGCGACUAUCCAUUCUACUUCAACGAAGUACAGGGAAUGGUGUACAGCCAAGAGGAGGGUGUUCUGUAUACUACCUUCACCACACCAGACAAUAGCAUACAUGGAUCAGCCGUCUGCGCCUACAACAUGUCUGCCAUUCAUGCCGCUUUCUCCGGUGCCUUCAAGCACCAGGAAUCGCUAGGUUCUGCAUGGCACCGUCAGGAUACCCAGCAUCGGGAUCACUACGAAUGCAAUGCCGGCCCAAGUGCACGUCACGUUUCCUUAAUCGAUUCUUCCAAGUACCAACUGAUGGAUCAAGCCGUACAACCAAUGACCGGUCAACCACUUCAUCACACCAAACUCGAACGAUUCAGUCACAUUGCGAUUGAUGUCAUACCCACAAAGCUACACGAACGGGUUCACAUCAUCUACGUUGCAACCGAUAGUGGUUUCAUUAAAAAGAUCUCCGUUCUCCCGCGUACGAAGAGUACUUGCGUAGUGGAAAUUUGGAGACCAGAGCCUGCCAGCGAUACCAAAAUCCGUACAAUUCAGUAUGUGAAAGAAACUGACUCCCUGUACGUUGGAACAGAUUCCGCAAUCAGUCGAAUAUCUUCGCACCACUGCAAUAGGCAUCUAUCGAAGCUAAGUUGUCUGAAUUCGAUGGAUCCCUACUGUGGCUGGAAUGAAUUGCAGGAAGCUUGCACUAUCGCUCCCAAUGGAGACCCUUUGGCUAAGUAUUGGAUCCAGAAUGCUACUGAGUGUCCCGUAUUAACCGCUCCAGUGGACGGAGGAUGGUCUGCUUGGUCAGAAUGGAACAAAUGUGCGCAAAUAGGCAGCGGCCAAACUAACUCAGCUAACAAUAACGAAGAACUAGCCGGUAAUACAGACUCGUGUCUGUGCCGUACAAGAACAUGCGAUAAUCCAUCGCCAAAAAAUGGGGGAAAGCCUUGUACCGGAAUCAGCAUAGCAGUAUCAAACUGUACGGUGCACGGAGGCUGGACGGAUUGGAGUGCAUGGUCUGCAUGUUCGCAAACGUGCGGAAUGGCUGUCAAAACGCGCAGAAGGACUUGUGGCAAUCCGAAACCAGCGCAUGGUGGAAGAGUUUGCGUCGGUCCAGAUCGAGCGGAAAUAUACUGUUCACAUCUGCCGCCAUGUCCAGCACCCAAGCAGCCCCCGAUCGACGGAGGUUGGGGACCUUGGGGUGUUUGGGGAGAAUGCAGUGCUCCGUGUGGUAGUGGUUACCGAAUUCGCAGGCGGAAAUGUGACGAUCCAAUUCCACAGAACGGCGGAAUGGAAUGCCCUGGAUGUCACUUAGAUUACGAAGUAUGCAACACUAAUUCAUGUCCGGAUGUAAAACGUGCCGGAACAUGGACUCCCUGGCUGACACAGUUGAAUGGAACUCUCCCGAAUGGUAGCUAUAUCGAAAAGAGAUACCGAUACACGUGUAAAGCGCCGAUCGCGGAUUCAUCGUUGCUUAAAAUAAUACCGAAGGAGGAAACCAGAGUUUGCCAUCCUGAUGGAUCUUGCCAACGAUCGUUGAGUGACUCAUCACAUAGCGGAUCGGCUGCUGGAGAAGGUGAAGAAGGCUGGAGCGAUUGGAGCUCGUGGAGCAGCUGCAGUGCUUCCUGCGGCUCGGGACAACAGUUCCGAACACGCUCCUGUGAGAAACCUGAAUGCGAUGGAGCGAACAAGAUGGUGAGAACCUGCAAUCAUCAUCCGUGUAAAGGUGAAUGGGGAUGCUGGAGCGAUUGGUCGCCUUGUUCCGUAUCAUGUGGACUUGGUACUAGGACGCGAUCGCGUCAGUGCUUGUCGAUGUCUGGCAAUGUGAUUUUCGGAAAUGAUUGUGAAGGACAAAGCACUCAGUAUGAAACGUGCGAGAUGCCCAGCUGUGAUUCUUUUCUUGGUUGGAACGAAUGGAGUGACUGGUCGCCUUGCAACACAGAUGGUGAAAGGGUUAGAACCAGGUCGUGCUUAGUAUCGGUUCCGGAUCCAAAAAUGUGUCAGGGUAGCGAUCGAGAGAUCCGCAAGUGCCACCCGGAAAUGAGUAACGAAAUUCCACAUGUCCUGACCUCCGGUUCAUCACCGAUAACGCUAAUAGUCGUAGUAGCUGUAGUACUUGUCAUCAUUUGCUGUUUUGCCACCGCCUAUAUAACUAUUCUACUGAUGAAGAGAAAGGCUAAAGGCAUUAAGGCGAUUCAGGGAUCUCCAUGCUACGGAUCGUACCCAAACCAGUACUCUUCGCUGCCGACAAAAGAUUACACCGAAAGUCACAAACCGAAGCGGCAGUCCUCGUUCAAUGGCCGGAACGAUGCUAGCGGUUCGAAAAUUGCCAACGGCCACACCACCCUGACCAAGUCGAACAAUGUCAACGGGGCUCUCGGUAACAACACACCGAAGGUACUAGCCAAGUCGUUCAACGACACCGACACGGCCACCAUCAAGCGGAACUCGCACGGACUGAACAACAUCCGCCAUGCGCGGCAACUGGAACUGGAGGAGGAAAAGUAUUGAUCCCCUGUGAGAAAUCGGACGGAAUUCGGAACAACUUACAAGCUGGAAUAGUGUGUUUGUUAAUUUUCAUUAAUCGUUUUUUUUUUUUGUUUUGAUUCAACUGCGAUAGUCCAUCAAGCGAUAGCAUUAAUAACGGUCGAAGCCAGUAGAAAAACUUGUAUGCAAGUUUUCUGCACCAUCGUGAAUGCUUUGCAGUGUAUUGGAAACGAACCUAAUCAUCAUUUUCUUCCAUCCUAGAACAAUUUCGUAAUUCGUAAUUCGUAAAUACCUGCAGUAGAGGUAGUCGAUUAGAGCAAGGCUGAUGAAAUUAGACUUUAUCAAUAGCAACUAAGAGGAAAUGUUGUCUAACUCUUUAGACUUAGGUGAAUAUUAGCUUGAACUAAGCAGCAGCAAAAGAAAACGCUUAAUUUCGCUGAUAACCGACGAUCCUGGGGCUACAAAAGUUUAACCAAAUGAAAAGAUAAUCUUAACACUUUCUACAAAACGAACCGCUACUUAUUUGUAACUUUUUACUCAAUUAGUUAGCAGUACCUUGUAGGGUUAACAAAACAAAAAUUGUGUUAACAAAAAUUGGAGCUUGCUAUAGAGCUGUAACGACGAUUAUGACAAAAAUAUUGAGAAAAGAUUAGUGCACGUUACUACGUAUAGAAUCCAUUCUGUGCCAUUACGGUGGGAGAUCACGAUGCAAUUCUUAAGACUCUCGACACACGCAAUCAUAGAGCAAUUGUGUAUUUUACUAUUUCGUUUCUGUUCUUCAUUUUACAUCUAAAUAUAUUAGAUAUAAUGUUGUUUUGAAUCAACUAGCGCUAGGAAUUAUCAGUAAAAUUUGAUUUUACUCGUGAUAAAGUAGCUCAAAUUGAGCGGUACGUUUUCAACGUUUAGCGAUAUGCUUAGGCGAUAGAUGUUUGUAGAUCAUAUUUCUAGGGUAUUA